GUAAAGAAAAUAAAGAAUUGGUUCAAAUAGUAACAUCUUACAAAAAUGGAUAGUAAAGGCAGAAAAAUCAUUGUUUGUGAUAAUGGAACAGGGUUUGUGAAAUGUGGAUACGCAGGAGCAAAUUUUCCAGCACAUAUAUUUCCAUCUAUAGUUGGACGUCCUAUUAUUAGAGCUGUUAAUAAAAUAGGCGACAUCGAUGUAAAGGAUUUAAUGGUUGGAGAUGAAGCAAGUAAACUUCGUUCUAUGUUGGAGAUUAGUUAUCCAAUGCAAAAUGGAAUUGUUAGAAACUGGGAAGACAUGUGUCAUGUAUGGGAUUAUACAUUUGGGAAGGAAAAGAUGAAUAUUAAUCCUAGAGAGUGUAAAAUUUUGUUAACAGAACCACCAAUGAAUCCUAUCACGAACCGAGAAAAAAUGAUCGAGGUAAUGUUUGAAAAAUAUGGUUUUGCUGGAACAUAUAUUGCAAUUCAGGCAGUACUUACACUAUAUGCUCAAGGGUUGAUUAGCGGUGUUGUGGUAGAUUCUGGUGAUGGUGUCACUCAUAUUUGUCCUGUAUUCGAAGAAUAUGCUUUACCUCAUCUUACGCGACGGCUAGAUAUAGCUGGUCGAGAUAUUACAAUGUAUUUAAUAAAACUUUUAUUGCUACGCGGUUAUGCGUUUAACCAUUCUGCUGAUUUUGAAACAGUUAGAAUGUUAAAAGAAAAAUUAUGUUAUAUUGGAUAUAAUAUUGAAACUGAAGAAAAAUUAGCUCUUGAAACAACAGUUUUAGUAGAAUCGUAUACACUUCCUGAUGGAAGAGUAAUAAAAGUAGGUGGUGAAAGAUUUGCAGCACCAGAGGCUUUAUUUCAGCCCCAUUUAAUCAAUGUUGAAGCUCAAGGAAUUGCUGAAUUAGUAUUUAGUACUAUUCAAGCAGCUGAUAUUGAUAUAAGAAGUGAAUUAUAUAAACACAUUGUUUUAAGUGGUGGUAGUACAAUGUAUCCAGGACUUCCAUCUAGGCUUGAAAGAGAAAUUAAACAACUCUAUUUGCAGAGAGUAUUAAAGAAUGAUACCUCAAAAUUAAAUAAAUUUAAGAUAAAAAUUGAAGAUUCUCCCAGACGUAAAGAUAUGGUUUUCAUGGGUGGUGCUGUGUUAGCAGAAAUAACAAAAGAUCGGGAUUCUGUAUGGAUAACAAGAGAAGAAUAUGAGGAAAAGGGUCUUAGUGUAUUAAAAAAAUUAGGUUCUUAUGAAUCAUAAGGAAAGAGUCAUUGAAUGAUAGAAAAGAAAUUCGCAUUUUUUUAUAUUUAAAAUUAUUUGAAAGUUAGGUGCAGUGUUUAUAUUUGUGGUUUCUAUAAAUAAUAUAAUUAUUUGUAGUUUCUACAAAUAAUUUAUAUUAAAUUAUUUCAAGAAAACACAAGCAGCAAAUAUAAUUAGAAAGUAUGUAAUGUAGUAUCCUAAAAUUUAAAAAAUAUUAAAAUUUUUUUAUCAAAAUUCAUUCUAUUAAAGUAUAACAACAUCGAACGGUACCGGACUCAUAAUACUAUUAAAUUUGAUUAAUAUGCAUUGAUUUAAAUUUGUAACUAUUUCCGGAAAUAUUACGUACUUCAUAUUGGUAUAGUUAUUCUGAUACACAUAAUACACUCUUAGACUAUACACGUUGUAAAUACAUUUGUUACAAAUGCUUCUUUUUUAUGAAAUUAAAACUUAACAAACAUACAUUACGAAUUACGAAUAAUUGUAUGUUCACUUUUUCCAGCUUACAAUAAUAUUUCAAUUUAUGUGUUGUGCGUACAAUCGUAAAACAGAAGUUUGUUAAUAUAAUGGCUAAAAUUAAAUAGUUAAAUUUGUAAAUAUCAU